AUGCAUAAAUAUUAUAUAUCACUGUUAUUGGUGCGCUUGGUUCUUCCAGCGUCGCUUCUACUCAGUAUAGCACUACGGCCUUUCGGACUUUCUCUAAUAUAUUUGCUAUUAUAUCUGAUAGCGCCGUUUCCUCAAGCACCAGAUUCUAAAACAUUCCGAGGAUGUCGAGGCAAAUAUCUUCAACUUAAUCUAGUCGUGUCUAUACUGCUAUUGCUAGUUCACGCAGCAUGGCACAGCGUCCUGGCAGGAUUCGCGCCGUAUGGCUCUCUACUCGAAGACUAUCCUAUUAUUCAAACGAUCGGAUACAACCUUGGCCUCGUAUCAUAUUCAGGAAUAGAUCCACUAAUGGCAGUCCAUUAUCUUGCACCCGAGUUAGUAGUGAUGGGCACGUCGUUAAUAGUUUAUUUGAUGGUGCGUACACUACUUAUUGGAUCGCCGAACGAUGAAGUUAUUAGAAAAGAUUCCAAGCACCAACGGUUCCCUUUACUUACUAGUGCAGGAAAAUACGUUGCACUAUUCCUCUUAAUGUUCUCCGGGAUAAUGCGUCCAAGUGUAACAUCGGGGAUAUAUUUCUUGGUAUUUAUGGGAGCGGCAACAGCUUGGGCUGUGGGAAGACCUCUAGAGCGUGGAUUCGCUGUAGUGAGCCGUUGCGUGAUGGCAAUCAUGGGAGUUCAUAUAGCAGUACUUUUAGUUUACCAGUGUACUUGGAUUAUAGAAAUAUUUCCACCAGAAACGGACAUGGCGAGAUAUUUCGGCCUCACAAAACUAGUGGUUCUUAACGAAACGGAGUCGUCCUCGUUUACGUACGAAGUGACGGACGAUCACAAGUGGGCAACCUUGGCUAGUCCCUUAGUGAUACUCUUUUCAUAUUUUUUCCUCGCCAUAGAAACACGUGAACUCUUCAAACCAAAGACGAAGAAAAAGAGUGCUCUAACCGGCCUCGAAGCGGGUAAAGUGAACGGUAGCUUGGUACGAGGCGUGUCGUUCCACCGCAGCCGCGCGCCGCGCGACAAGUGGAGGAGCGCUACGAAGAGAGUUCGCCUGCUCCGUAGCAUGAGCCCUAGCAAGCGCUGGUCGAGCGUGCGCGGUGGCUCCGUCACUCGCCAACUGCACCAAGACUCUACUGGCUCCGUCGUUGUGCCCGAUGAAGAGUCAGUUCUAGAAGUGGAGGAACCAACAUUACUGGAUGACAUUGUGGCUGCAGUUGUAGAUUUCUUCCAAGUUUUGAUCAGGUCAUCAUACAUAGCGACAACAAUAACGAUGAUGGCGUGGAGUAUAAUGUUCCACUCAUGGCUGACAUUCGUGUUCCUGAUGUGGGCGAACAUCGUGUGGCUUUGUCAGGACCAGCGCUCCUUCAUGCUGAAAACCAGCCCCGUACUGGUUUGCUACGCGAUGUUGUUGCUGAUAGCUCAGUACAUAUACGGAAUGGACCUUACGGAGAGCGAGCUGCCUUCGAAUAUAACAGAAAUCGCGCAGGAGGUGAACCUGAGGCAGCUGGGGCUGGGGCGCGCGGCGGGCGAGGCGUGCGUGCCGCUGCUGAUCAAGUCGCUGUUCACGUGCAUGUUCUGGGUGACGCUGCGCCAGCGCGUGCACGAGCUGCGCCGCCGCCGCUCGUCCGCCGCGCACGCGCAGCUCGCCGCGCCGCUGCAGCUCGCCGCCGCCGCCAGCGCUGCAAAUACAGAAGGGCGGGAGGAGGAGGGGCGGUCGCGGCUGCUGGCGGCGCUGGGCGAGUGGCUGCGGGCCGCCUGCGCGCGCUACUGGAUCUACGUGGUCGUGAUCAUGCUCUUCGUGAUCGGGAUCACGGGCGACCGCAUGACCAUCUUCCGGAUCAUAUACAUGUUCCUCUUCCUCGUCUUUAUACUCAUGUUCCAAAUAAGUUGGUACUGGUGGCGUCGUCUGAUGUACGUUUUCUGGAUAACAGUGAUCAUAUACUCGAUGAUAAAUCUUAUUUUAAUAUACAUAUACCAGUUUGAUAAUUUCUCGAAGACUAUAGAAACUUACUUGUUGAUAAACGAAAGAUUGCAACAUGAUUUGGGCUUAGAGCCGUACAAUCCUGCAGAUUUAUUUGUCAAACUUCUAACACCCACCUUAUUUCUUAUUAUCACCAUAAUGCAAGUGCACUAUUUCCACAAAGACUUUAUGGAAUUAUCUGAUCCUAAGACGAGAACAAAUAGUAUCGCCAGGGAAGUAGAUUCAAGUAGACCUAGUCAAGGUGGUGCUUCAACUAUGAAGGACGAUCUGCCGCAGUUACCGCUAGAAGGUCAGCCCACAACUGAGCCUCAUUCGGACAGUGAAGAGAAUACAGAAGCAGAGCAAUCCAUGGGGACAUCUUCCUUCAAUACGGCGGCUCGACGUUCUAUGUAUAGGCCGGGCCGCAGCCGCUCGUCCGCCGCGGGCACGCGCCAGGCAGCGCUGCCAGCGCUGCGCGCGCUGCUGGCGGCGCGCUGCGGGGCGCUGCGCCGCCGCCUCGCUGCCUUCGCCGACCUAGCCUUCGUCUUCCUCGACAUACACCUCAUCAAGAUCGUCUUCCUCUCGCUCAUGCUGCUUUGCGUGUUUAACGUUUGUGCUAUGCACGUUCCAAUAAUGAUAAUUAUCUCACCAGCGUUAUUAUUGAGCGCUCGCAAGCAGCGUAUAUGCGUGCUAAUCAUAUCUAUUCUGAUCAGUAUUUAUUUUAUGGCUAAGAUGGUGUACCAAAUUGAAUACAUAAAACAUUCAUAUUUCGACGUAAAUUGUACCAAAAUGGGAGAGAACGAUACACUAAAUACAACAACAUAUAAUAACGCAGAGUGGGUUGGUUUCCGGAAAGCGACGUCGAAAAAACCCCUCGUGGUGCUGUUAAAGGGGUACAUCGGCUUAAUUGCUGUUUUCACCUUUUAUUCCUUGGUGACUUAUAGGCAACAAACAAUCAGGAGUUUGGGACUUUUGCCAAAUAGAAAGGAGAAAUUAAUGUUUCCGGACAUAACUCGUGCUGAUGCAGACAAAGAUUUAGUACAUUGCUUUAAAUAUUUAGUAAAUUACGGAUUUUACAAAUUUGGCGUAGAGAUCUCGCUGAUGUGCCUGAUGGGCGUGAUCGGGUCGCGCAUGGACGUGUACGCGGCGCUGUACGCGGGCUGGCUGCUGGCGCUGGCGGCGGCGGCGCGCGCGCGGCGGGCGCGGCUGUGGCCCGCCUUCACCGCCUGCGUCACGGCGCUCGUGCCGCUGCAGUACGCGCUGGCCGUGGGCUUCGUGCCGCAGCUGUGCCUCGACUACCCGUGGGCCGGCAGCGGCCAGCAAAUGAAGCACAUUCGCACGUGGCUGUUCCUGCCGUACAGUGACGAACCGCCGCACGCCGUGAAGCUAAUUUUCGAUUACUUCUUGUUACUUUUCGCGUCACGUCAAUUGAGGGUGUUCCGCAUCGAAAAAGCCCAAGGGGAGUCUUAUCCUGGCGGCUGUAAUAGUGAGGAAAUCGGCAAAGACUGGGAAACGCCGAACUUUAUUAACCCCGUGCCGGACUUUUUGGGAUACGUUGGGUCAUGGCUAGAUGUCUUAAAAAGGAUGGUGUUUCUGGGUAUGCUGUGGGUAACCCUCGCUAUCAUGUUCAUGACGGGGACCAAUCGCGUUAAUUUGUUUUCAAUGGGCUACCUUAUCGGUUCUUUCAUAUUCCUUUGGCAAGGAACUGAUUUUUAUUUACGACCGAAGGAAGCAAUAUUGCGAUGGUGGUCGUGGCUGCUGCGCUACAACGUGUGCGUGGUGGCGGUGAAGGCGCUGCUGCAGGUGCCGGGCUGCAUGUUCAGCGCCGUGCUGCAGACGCACGCCUGCUGGCUGGUGCAGCUGCUGGGCAUCGGCUGCGUCGACAAGUUCGCCGGCGGGAACAUCGCGCGCUUCCUCAAGAUGCACUACGACAAGGAUUCAGUGUGCACUGUUCCUCAAGAAGAUAUCGGUUUAGCUUGGGAUGGAGUUUGUUUUGCCUUUUUAAUAUUACAAAGAAGGCUUUUCCACAGUUACUAUUUCUAUCGAGUCAUCGACGAAAGCAAGGCUACCACCGUCCUUGCAUCUAGAGGUGCAGAAUUAAUUGAAGAACUUAGGCAAAAACAGAUGAAUGUUCAAGAGGAACAGGAAAUAAAAAUAUUGGAAAAGAUUAAGGUCAAGAUGGAAAGAAUUAAGGCAAAUCAGAAAAAGAUCCAGGGAGUCAUGUCAAAGGAGCCCGCACAUCACGAUGCAGUCGCUCCCUAUGCUAUCGUAAUUAAAGAAGAGGACGAAGAGGACGACACGCAAGCCGGCGGAUCGGAGCAGGCGCCACUAGUGCGUGGCGACUCGACAGAGUCGCGGCACGGAUACCACACUCCCGCCUCCGCCUCCGAGCCGUCCGCGCCCUCGAGCCCGCUGCGCGCGGCCGCGCCCGGGCCGCGCGCCCUCCCCGCCCCGCCCGCCCCGCCCGGCCCGCCGUCGCCGUCGUCCGCGCUGAUGACGGUGUCCCUGGACGCGUACCUGGAGCCCCGCCGCAUUUCGUUCGAGUCGCCGCCGUCGUCGGAGCUGCUCCCGCGCGCGCAGAGCCCCGAGGAGUCGUACCCGGUGUUCUCGCCGCCGCCCGUGCGCCGCCGCCACACGGUGGCCAGCCCCGGCCGGCUGCCGAGCCUGCACCGCGGCUCCGUGCUCUCCUACUCCAGCCGCGCCGAGCCCAACUCGCACCACACGUGUAACUACGCAGGCUACGCGCACUCACGAUGUUCUGAGACUGUUUUUUCACGUGCGAGGCCCGCGUAUAAGCCGCCUGCCAGCCAUCAAAAGGCGGUGCGAUCCGGAGACUACUACAUGUUUGAUGAGUUUGACGACACCGAUGUUCACUUGAAAGACGACGAGUCGAGCUCCGACGAGGACGCACCUAAGUCUAUGGGCUUCGGAAAGCUGGUGUCGACGGCCAUCAAGACGGACCUGCGGCGCGCCGUGUCGCUGCGGCGUGCGUCCGCACCCGCAGUGCGUGCGCGCACCUCCCCCGCCGCGUCCGCCGCGCCGCGCCAGGUUCAAUCUUCGCCGCGGUCGGAGGACGUACGGCCUGCAGAUGUGGACGUCAAGAUACUAGACGACGAACAGCCUGGACCGUCCUCAGAAUUAGAUGAAUUUGCGCCACAACCAGGAUCAGAGACAUUCAUCGACAAGAUAAAAGGCUUCUCAGAGACCGCUGGUGCCUUCAUAUCGAGUAUUCUCGUUUCCUUGACGCGUCACCUGAUGAAAUAUUCGCGGGAUUACAGAUACGUUUCGAGAACAUUAUCCGUCGAGAAGAAGAGGCUCAAGGAAAAGGAAGGUUUCGGCAUCGGCUUAAGAGAAGGCUCACAGAUGAUCUGGGAACCGUUGCCCGAAACUGUAAUGCAUCACCGUAAGUUAAGCGAAUUAAGCGUUCCGGAGAUACGUAUCUUGGCGGCGAGUGCGGAAGGGCUGGAUGAGGUGUCCAGCGACGACGACACGUCGGAACACGAGAGCGCCUUUAGCUUACAAACCACCGAAAGCAAGGACGUGACUAUAUUGGAAGAGCAAGAUGAUUCGAUGUUCAAGCAGGAUAGUUCGCCCGUUGUUCAUCUGGUAUACGCGCUAUGGUAUGCGAUACUGGCACACACUGAUAUCGUUUGUUACAUCAUGGUAUUCAUAAACCAGAUUCAGUCAGCGACGAUUCUUUCUAUACCGUUACCCCUUAUGGUGUUUUUGUGGGGAACUUUAACUAUACCGCGACCAACGAAAACAUUUUGGGUUACUCUUAUUGCAUACACAGAGGUGAUCGUCCUUAUAAAGAGCAUGUUCCAAUUUGAAAUCCUACCCUGGAAUCGAAAAGCCAUACCAGCCAAUAUGCCGUUCACUGCGCCGAGAAUAAUCGGAAUAGAGAGGAAGUUCAACUAUGCUUUAUAUGAUCUACUACUUCUUCUCAUUAUUUUUUUACACAGAUUUAUGUUGAAGUCACUGGGAUUGUGGAAGGAAUCCACACCAGAGGUCGAACUUCGAGAGGAUAUGGAGUAUCCGUUGACUUCAGCUGACACCCAAAUGCUUGUCGAAGGACGGGGGGAGGAAGUCGGGCGCAAGUAUUUAGAAAUGCACGAAAGGCAAAGCCCGUCGCCAGAUGCUGAGACCAGUGAGGCCUCGAAAAUGCCAAAAAAGACAGGGGAAUUAGAAGAACCAGAUGAGCGAGUGGAAGACGAUCCAGAACCCGGCCCUUCUAAAGUCCUAGACGACGAUCACUACAAGUAUUGUAUUAUUUUAUUCAAACCUAUGUCCUCAUCGUUUUUGAUAGUUCUGUAUUCUAAUUUGAAGUUUGCUGUUAAACGAUUUUGCAUAUCAGUAGUAGAACCUAUUAAACAAGAAAAAAAAAACAAAAACAUGAUUAACGACGACCAAGAACCAAUAAUUGCAGUGGCAACGACAUUAGAGGACACAUACAAACACUAUCCACAAGUUAUUGUUCUAUCGGUGCGGCGCUACCUGCGGCCCGCGCGGCAGUUCUUCGAGCGCAUGCUGGCGCCGGGCGCGCGCGUCACGGCCGACAUCUACGCGUACAUGUUCCUCUGCGACUUCUUUAACUUCCUCGUCGUCAUAUUCGGAUUCGCUGCGUUUGGGACACACCAAGGAGAUGGCGGCGUCACAGCUUAUCUUGAAGAGAACAAAGUACCAAUACCGUUUUUGGUGAUGUUGAUCCUACAAUUCGGUUUAAUAGUGAUCGAUCGAGCUCUGUACCUACGCAAGUUCAUGCUUGGAAAAAUUCUAUUUCAAUACGCUCUCAUCAUCGGCGUACACAUUUGGAUGUUCUUCGUGCUUCCUUUCAUCACUGAGAGAACGUUCAACACGCUGAUCCCUCCCCCGCUGUGGUACAUGGUAAAGUGCGUGUACUUACUGCUGUCGGCGUACCAGAUCCGCUGUGGCUACCCACGCCGCAUCAUCGGCAACUUCCUCUGCAAGUCCUACCGCUUCCUCAACAUGAUCUGCUUUAGAGGGUUCAUGGCUGUACCAUUUUUAUUUGAACUACGCACACUAAUGGACUGGAUCUGGACGGACACAUCUAUGACGCUUAUGGACUGGCUCAAGAUGGAAGACAUAUUCGCUAGCGUUUUCUUAUUAAAGUGCUCGCGUUACAUGGAGGACGAGUUCCCGCAGCCGCGCGGCGCCAAGAAGUCGGCCACGAGCAAGUACCUGUUGGGCGGCGGCGUGCUCGCUUUCGUCAUUGCCAUCAUCUGGUUCCCGCUCGUCUUCUUCGCCUUCGGGAACUCCGUCGGACAACCGAACCCACCGACAGAUGUUACGGUAAAAAUUAGAAUCGGACCUUUCCUACCAGUCUACCAGAUGUCUGCACAAUCUCACAAUAUAGAUAGCUUCACGGAGCAGGACUACAACCAGCUGAGUAACCAGUACGCGCGCGACCGCACGGCGCAGACGUUCCUGUCCAACUACAUGUACAACGACGUGGCCGUGGUCACCAUCAACCCUAACUCCACCAUGACGUGGGAGAUCUCGCCGCCCGAGCUUGCUCGCCUCGAGCGCGAGGCCGUCUCUAACGCGACCUUGAUGGUGAAAUUCACGUACGUGAUCACGCACCCUAGCUACAAUUCGCAGAACCCGCCCACCAUCUCCAGUAGUCGGGAGGUGGCGCUAGACGCGUACGUGGGCGGCAAGCCCAACCCCGAGCGGGACACGCUGCUCAAGCUAUUGGCCAACACCGCCACGCCCGACACCUGGUUAAACGUGAAGAUGCUGUUCCCGAAGUUCGUGAAAGUCUUCAAUAAAGGGACUACGAAACCUGCUUUUCAAUUGAUGCCUCCGCUUCCGACGGACGACUCGCGCCUGUACCGCGACGUGCAGCUGCGGCUGGAGCGCGAGGGCGGCGCCGUCUACUGGCGCGUGCGCGAGGCGUGCCAGCCGCACGACUUUCUCGCUGCGAUCCCGAUGAAUAACUGCGACAUGCUCGUCAUGUACACUUUCAAUGACAAGCUGUUCCCGGAGACGCUUAACUUUAUAUCAGGUGGAGGUAUAAUUGGGCUCUACACGACGUUCGUGUUCCUUGCGUCGCGCGUCCUAAGAGGAUUCUUCUCGGGCAUCUACACGAAGAUUAUGUUCGACGACCUGCCCAACGUCGACCGCGUGCUGCAGCUCUGCCUCGACAUCUAUCUGGUUCGCGAGGCCUUAGAACUAUCUCUUGAAGAAGAUUUAUUUGCGAAAUUGGUGUUCUUGUAUCGAUCACCAGAGACCAUGAUAAAAUGGAGUCGACCGAAGGAGGACGACGCUCAAGAACAAAGAGCGUUACCAGCUCCGAAUUGAUCCGUUUUGAGAUUUUAUCAGGAUCACGAAUCAAUAUCUCCAAUAUUUCGAGAUUAUACCUGAUUUGUAAUAUGAUUUGAAAUUGAUGUUUUUGAAUACAAUGAUCUCUUGACCCAAUACCGAAAAAAAAAACUUAAAAUUAUUUUUUAUAUAUUAUAUCAGUGACUAUAAUAAAACAUCAAAAUAAAGAAAUUGACAAAAUCAACUUUUUGUCACAGUUGGAUUUCGUGUACGUAAUGUCCAUACUAUUUAGCGACAAAUCUGAGAUUUAUUAAAUACAUAAACAUAUAAACAAUAAGUCUGUUGUUGAAAAUAUAAUGUUUCAUUGUUUCCUAAAAUUCACUUUGUUAUACAACAAAAAAGACUUGUGAAAUUAAUUUAUUCAUGAAGUUAUAUCAUUUGAGAAGCGACUUUUAUUAAUAAUAAUAUAAUUAUAUAAUUUAGUAUAUAAAAUAAGUUUUACAGUAGGCAAAGGUAAUCAGAAUACCUUAAGAAUGAUACAUGAAAUUAACAUUUGGAAAUAUUCGUAAAAAUAAUAAACGUAACGUAAUAAAUAACGUAAUAAAGUUACUUUAUUAAUAUGCUAGGGGUGCACGUCUUUAAAUAUUGGGAGUUAUCAUAAAAAAUAUAUACCUACAGCACUUUUUUUUGGUAAAUCUUCUUUUGAAUUUAUACAUCUACAAACUCAAUCUGUUUAUUACUAAAGUAUACGUAAACCAUUUAUUGUGCUUUUACUAUUUAUGUCGAUAUCGUGCAAAUGUUUUAUAACUUUGAUUGUUAUAAGAUGCUUGAUAAUAAAAGAUAGUAUCAUCCACAUGAUAUACGUAUUUAUGUGUCCGUUAAUAGCUAUAGCAAAAAGUAAUCACGUGCAAAUAUUAUUUUUUAAUAUUUUUUACCUGCACAUAAUUAUUAACUCGUACAUAAUAAUUAAUUUAAAAAUAAAAUAUAGCUCUCUAAAUGUAAUUUAAAUUUCAAUAUAUUUUAGUGUCUUCCUAGUCUAACUUAACAAAUGAUUUUUAAUGAGAGCGCUAUGUAGUUAAUAUUUAUUUUACUAAGCAAAAAGUUUAGUGUAAUAUAUUGUGUACAGUUA